CGCAACACAACGCACACUUCACAACGCACACUUCACGAUGACAUCCAGCCAAGCCCCCGAAAUCACUCUGUACCGUGGCUUCCCCUGGCCUGGAAAAUACACCUGGUCCCCCUUCGUCACGAAGCUCGAAGCUCGUCUGCGCUUUGCGGGGAUCUCGUAUCGCACGGACGCCGGGUCACCGCUCGGCAGUCCGCGGGGUAAGAUUCCGUACGUCGAUCUCACGGACCGGACGACGGGCGCAAAGACUACCAUCUCGGACUCAGCUCUGAUCACUCGAGGAUUCAUUGAGGAUGGUGUGAUCACUGACCUUAAUCGCGAUCUCGGUGCGGAGAAGAAGGUGCUGGAUGCUGGGGUGAAGGCUCUGUUGGAGGACCGGUUGUAUUUCUAUCUGAACCACGAGAAAUGGAUCGAGAACUACUACGAGAUGCGAAAACACGCCCUGAGCGCGCUGCCGUACCCGGCCAAGGUGGCAGUGGGAUACUACAUCUACCGGAGGCAGAGGGAAAUGCUGUACAACCAGGGCACCCUUCGGUUCACAUUGGAGGAGUUGAAAGGAUUCAAGGAGGAAGUGUGGACCAGUAUAAGCGAGCUGCUGGUGUCCCGCAAGGCCCAGAAGCAGGGUGAUGGGCCGUUCUGGGUGCUGGGUGGCGAGGAGCCGACCGAGGCCGAUGCGGUUCUAUUUGGGUUUCUGGCGGCGUCUUUGGUUUGCUCUGCGUAAGUCUUCUUAAACUCUGGCUUUAUAUUGACUCUAACGUGUUGUUUCCAGCUGUCCGGAAACUCGGGCGAUCUUGAAAAGCUUGCCUGUGCUGGUGGAAUAUGCACGCCGCAUUCAUGACCGCUAUUUUCCGGAUUACGCUUGCUGGGAGUGACUGCUUAUUUGACGAUGUUUAUGACCCAUGCUAUUUUGCUUAUAGUAUAUCUAUGCAGCUUAAUUUAAGUACU